CAUCAUCAUGUUUUCGUGUUGCCGUUGCGUAAAUCCUAAAUCACCAAAGCUGAAGGAAAAAUCUGCUUCCGGCCGUGGGGAUAAGCAAUCGGACUCGGACGAUUCCCACGAGGAGGAGGAAAAGCCGUCCCAGAAAGAGCAGACCGAGUCGAACGCGAGUGCCUGUAAAAUUUCGGCUGUGGACAACCUCUCACAGGAUGACGAGGAAAUCAAGAUAGAAAUAAUUGAAAGCUCCGAUAAUCUACAAUCGUUCUCGGGCUGCUCAGCGGCAACAACAGCCGUACUGAACGGUGGUUCCUCACCGGAGCCGAAAGACGCAGAUAAACAUUCAGCCGAUACGCAACGGGAGGUUUCACCAUCGACGGAGCAUUGCAACAGGCACGAUGAUGAAGGCAAUCAAUCGAAUUCUGUUGAUAUGGAUGAAAAAGUUGUAGAAGACCCUGCUGGUGUUGAGAGUGUUCCGGCCGGUACUGCUACAACUGCUACCACUACUACUACUGGAUCAACGUCAUCGUCACCGGCUAGCAAAACGCUUUCCAACACGGAAAGAGGCCAAACGGACCAAUCGGGACAGUCCUCGGGAGUGGUUACCGAGAUUGAAACUAAACUCCCGAACGAGUCCACCGAUGCAGAUUCGACCGGCGAUGCGACCAACACCCCGCAAGAAAUACCAACCACCGUUAGUGAGUUGGGAGAGUUACAGCAGCAUCUGCCGAAUGGAAUGGCGGAGGAGAAAAGAGAUAAACAGAGCAACGAUGAUGCAGUGCCGUGUCACAGUCCUCCUACUGCCGACGAAGGUGAAGAUGCUGCUGCUGGGCGUGAAAAUCUAAUCGUACCCGAACCCAAAUCGCCUAAUCAUGUACCAUCGCGAAAAAGCUCGAGUGAACUUUUUGCCGCUUUCCCCGGUGACAAGGAUUUAUCGUCGUCUGCGGUUGAACAUACUGGCGUGGAGCAACAAAAGCAACGACAGCAGGAAUUGCCAGAUGAUGAUGGUGAUGGAAAACGAGCUUUAACUGAAAAACCAUCGGUCGAAAGCGAAACGGUUGUGCAAGAAGAAAAUCAAUUACCAGAGGAAGAUAAAAUCAUCGCAGAUCAUCAAUCGCCGGAUAAAUCCCAGUUCAAUGAGGAACAGCCCACACCCAACACUGCCAAUGUUCCUCCUGAAGUGGAACCAUCUACCGCCAGUACUUUACAGCCAUCGUCACCGCCAGUUUCCGACGAAAUGGCUAAGCCUGAUGACGAUAAACAACAUUUAUCAUCCGUAGCAUCUAAGAUGGAACGCCUUAAAAGUGAACCAAGCAAUAGCGAAGAAACAAUUGAAGAGACAAUCGAUGUGAAACGUUUCUUACCCCGUCAGGUUGAAGAUAGCAAGAGUGAUGACGAUAAUCCACUCAGUAGCUCUAGCGAUGGAGGAGGUAGCACCGAUGUUAUUACCGUUCCUGUCUUCAACGACGAUGGGAAUGGGCCGGCGGCUAGCGAUGCUAAAGAUGGGCAGCACGAAUCGCCGUCAAGCGGUGCGGUGAAUAAAGUUGUUGAUCUACCGGAAGAAGACGGUGGUGGAACGGUAUCGCUGACUCCAUCGCCACCGGAAGCCGAACCCGUCGUGUCGCCAGAUAAUGAAAACGACGACUACGAAGAGGAGACGACAACGAAUGCCACCAGCCACAACAACAAUGAUCAGGUUUCAAAAAAUUCCAGCGAAGAGCGCGAAUCAAACAACGACGAUACAUCGACACUGUCGGAGUCGGUCCCAAAUACAGCAACCAACGGCGGCAGUCCUUCCGGCAACGAGGGUGACAACAGCAGCAGUCGCAAGGAGUCGGUCAACAGUGACGAUACCACCAUACGGACGCAGGUUUCCUUUCGCGAAAGUUGCCUCUCGCGACGAUCAUCGUCGAAGUCGUCGAUCAAAAAGAAGGUAGCCUAUAAUGAUAGCACGGAGGUGAUACCGCCACCAGAGUAUCCGCCGCCGGAUGAUGAUGACUCGGUGUUUUCUGACUCUGUUCCACCGAAAUUGCCACGCGGUGAUAUGUGCACACCGUACGCCACUAAACGAGGCUCACUACCGGGCAUGAUAGCCCUACCGGAUUGGUUUGCCGAGGAUCGAUUGAUGAUGGAAGAGGGUGGCAUUAUGGAGCCACCCACUACGCCCAUAGGACGCGAUGAGCUGGCAUUACGCAGGCAUCGGUUUUUCUCGGAAUUGCUCAAUGCUGCCCAUGCUGCCGUCGAGCAUCGUGUUCGCUUUGAUCCGCUGGGACCAGAAAUUGCCAAGGUUCCGACGGAGGAGGAAUCGGAGGAUUGUGAUCCAGACCUCAAACCUUCAUCAGCUCGUGAGCUAGAGGGACUAAUCGAUCGACUAGAACGCAUUGUAGAUCGGCUAGAACGUACCGUGUCCGCGAGAGAGUUGGAAGAAACGCGACGCAUUUUGAAAGACGCGUGUGUUGUCGGAAAGGCAGUGAUUCGUUCCAACACCGGUACGAACACGGAUUAUCGAGCAACAUCGGCACGUAGUGUACCCGCCCGCUUUGGCACGACCGAGUGUUCCGAUCCGAGUGACGAUUUACCGACGGUUCUUCCUUCUACACCGCCACCAUCGGCAUCGUAUUUGCAUCAACAAGUGGACAGUUUGGAAAGCAGCCUGUUUCCCGAGUUUGCCAAUCAACCGGCAAAGGAACGUCAGCAGCGUGACCUAAGCACUGUAAUACAAUCCCAAACACCUGAUAUAUUAAACUAUACUAAUCCAUUGACCACCCAAGAGCAAGGCACCGCAGUAUUAUCAUUCUCCUCGCAGCAGCACGGCACCGUAGCACAGCAAGCGAGCAGCAAGAUGAGUAUUAACGCUUAUGAGGAUAUUAUGCUCGGCUCAUUCGCCAACUUUAUUACGCUUUCGAGUAAAAUUGGAGGCGAUGUGGCUACCCAGGCCCAGUUUGUGAAGGAAGCGUUUGAUGCGCAGUUUGCAUUUCUGAAGGUGGCAGCCGCAUCAAGCGCUCCGUCCAAUACGGAUUUACAGAACUUGCUAAAACCUACCUCGGAUAAGAUUUCGACUAUCCAAAGCUUCCGCGAAAAAAAUCGCACCUCGCCGUUCUUUAACCAUCUGUCCGCGAUUAGCGAAAGUAUUCCGGCACUUGGAUGGGUCUGUGUGGCGCCAACGCCCGGUCCGUACGUGAAAGAAAUGAACGACGCCGGCCAGUUCUACACGAACCGUGUGCUUAAGGAUUGGAAAGAAAAGGACAGCACCCACGUCGAAUGGGCCCGUGCAUGGAUCCAAACGUUGACGGAACUGCAACAGUAUAUAAAGCAACAUCACACGACGGGAUUGGUGUGGUCUGGCAAGGAAAAGCCCACUGUUGGCGGAGCCUCAGUUCCUCCACCUCCACCACCCGGUGGUCUACCGCCACCACCGCCAAUGAUGCCGUUAGGAGACCUUUCAGCCGGGGCCGGUGCUGGGGACGAUCGAAGCGCACUGUUUGCCCAGAUCAAUCAGGGCGCCGACAUUACGAAGGGCUUGAAAAAGGUAACGGCAGACAUGCAGACACACAAAAACCCUGGCCUACGUUCGGGUCCCGCACCGUACAAGGCACCGGCAGGCGUGACCAACGGUACGAAAUCAGUCGCACCGCCAGCAGUGGCCAAACCGCCAACUUUUACUCGCGAUGGCAAGAAAUGGCUGAUUGAGUAUCAGAAAAACAAUCCCGAGCUCGUGGUGGAAAACGCCGAGAUGAAUAAUGUGGUGUACAUGUUCCGCUGCGAGGGUUCGACGCUACAGAUCAAGGGCAAAAUUAACAGCGUUGUGAUGGAUUCGUGCAAAAAGUGUUCGCUCGUAUUCGACUCGCUCGUAGCAUCCGCCGAGUUUGUCAACUGCCAGAGCGUGCAGAUGCAGGUCCUCGGUAAGGUACCAACGAUUUCGAUUGACAAGACUGAUGGCUGCCAGAUGUACCUAUCGGCAGAUUCGCUUGACGUUGAGAUUGUUAGUUCGAAAUCGUCUGAAAUGAACGUGAUGAUUCCGAAGGGCAGCAGUGGAGACUAUACCGAGCAACCGAUUCCGGAGCAAUUCAAAACAGUGGUGAAGGGCAGCUCGCUAAACACAACUUGCGUGGAAAGUCUUGGUUAAAGAUAACG